AUCAUGUUCUCAUCGCGUGCAGAUUCCGGUAUAGAGAGAGAAAGGGAGAAACAGUAGACAGACGACGACGUUUGAAACAUGGAGCCACCGCCGUUUCAAGAAUCCUCCCGCUGUGACGUCUGCUACUGUAGCUUCACCACCUUCCGCCGUCGGCAUCAUUGCAGAUGUUGUGGUCGAACUUUAUGUGCUGAACAUUCAUCACAUCAAAUGGCAUUACCUCAAUUUGGUCUUCAUUCACCUGUCAGAGUUUGUGCUGAUUGCUUUAAUAAUUCCUCCCGUUUGAAUAGAGAUGCUGCACCAGCUAUUUCAAACGGGACAACUGUUGUAACAGAUGCAAUUUCAAGAUUAGAUAUCAACCCAGUUACUGAGAUGGAAAAAGAACCACCUGUUGAUAGAGCUUCUGUCCAAAGCACUCUAGAAUGCAAGUGUGGGAUGCCUUUAUGUAUUUGUGAAGCACCUGCUGCUCCGAAAGAAGAUGUUACUUCACAGGAGGUCAAACGUGCUUCAACUAGUAUGCUUCGUUCUAAUCCAAAACCCAAAAAAGCAGAAACAGCGUCAAGGGCUAGAGCUUCGACAUCAAAUAGCAAGCAUGGAACCAUUUUCAAUCCUGGUCAAGCUAGUAAUGAUAUAUUGCAAGUGGAUUAUGAAGCUAGUGGAGAGGGUUUAAGAGAAGCAAUAAAAAAUGGUGACAGUGCUGCUGCCAUGAAGCUUUUGAACCAGGGUGUGGAUGCUAAUUACUGUGAUCGGCAAGGCUCAUCUCUGUUACAUCUGGCUGCGGUUUUUAACCGAACUGAAAUAGCUUUUGCCCUCAUGGACCAUGGAGCGAAUGUUUAUUUCAAGAAUUCACAAGGUGAAACACCAUUGGAUUGUGCACCUGCCACGUUGCAGUACAAGAUGAAAAUGAAGAUAGAAGAGAGUCAGUGAUUGGGCUCAGACAUGUCAACUAAUAGUGACAUUUUGAUGCCUAAUUAUAAGCCAUAAAAUCUACUCUGUUUUCUUGAAGUGUUGAUGAUUUGAUCUGUUUUUCAACAUGGUUUUGGCAUUUUGUAAGAGUACGGGUUUCGGUACUCAAAUCUUUCUAAUGCAGCACAUAAUCAAUUUCUUCACCCCAAGUGAAGUUGUAAAUUUUGAAAUCCCAUCCAUGCAAAUAAUUUUUGAAGUGAAGUUGUAAAUUUUCAAUGCCAUCCAAAAUCA